CAUAGUCGGGUUGUUAUUUUUGAAACAAAAUAAUAAUAAUAACGGCUUAAGACAUGACCACCAAUUAUAUCAGUCAACGAUGCCGUCCAUUGGCUUCGAUGGUGACAUUGAUUAUUAUCAUCAUCAUUGAAAUGAUUGCGUCGGUCAGUUUACACACAACGACGACAACAGACAAAACGGUAUUAGUCUGUUGUUGUGUCUGUUGUUGUGUCUGUUGCUGUGUCUGUCUGUAUCUUCUAUGUAGUGGUUUGGAUGAUGUUUUCGAUCGUACAACUAGUAGUCGUCGUCAUCGUCAUCAUCAGCCGCAACCCAUUCAGAUAUAUGGUAUCAGUCAACCGGGUGUUCAACAGACAGUGCCAUUACAACAACAACAACCGCAACAGCUUCUACCCCCACCACAACAACUACCAGUUCAAUCAGCUGGUGGUGGCGGACAGUUACCGGUGUCGCCUAAGAGUACUGGCCAGUCAGUUGUUUUUGUACCACAAAAUCAACAACAAUCACCUGUUAGUGGAGGACAACAGCAACAACAGGUACCACCUGUUGUUGUUGUUGUCCAACCAAAGUCACCGUCGGCUAAACAUUAA